GAAAUAGCUCUGCCGAAAUAAAAGCAGGUGGCACUGACUGCGCGGGGAGCUCCAGUUCUUCCCAUCUCGAGCACCGGGGAGGGAUCAGGCCCUUCCUACAAAAGGGUGAAGCCACGAGAAGAUAAGCCUUGGCUUCACUUUGGACAGCACUGUCGAGUGGGAUAUCGCUGGGAGCAUGUCCUCCUCCAUCAAAAUUGAAUCUGUCGUGAAGGAGAAGAACAGGAUGGGAGAGUGCCCGGUCUGGGAAGAAAGGGAGAAUGCACUCAUCUAUGUAGACAUUAACUCACAGAAAGUUUGCCGCUGGAGCCCACUCACCAACGAGGUGCAGAGCGUGUCUGUGGAUGCCCGCGUCGGCUCGGUGGCGUUGCGGCAGUGCGGGGGCUACGUCAUUGCCCUGGGGACCAGGUUUGCCUUUCUGGACUGGGAUACCCAGAUAGUCACCACCAUCCUCGAGCUCGAGCAGGAUAAACCAAACAACAGGUUCAAUGAUGGGAAAGUGGAUCCAAAGGGGAGGUUUUUUGCUGGUACGAUGGCUGAAGAGACGGCACCGGGGGUCCGAGCGAGGCGUCAAGGUGCUCUCUAUACCCUUUUCCCUGACCAUUCGGUAAUAAAACAGUUAGACCAGGUGGACAUCUCCAAUGGUCUGGACUGGUCCCCGGACCACAGGACCUUCUUUCAUAUCGACAGCCUGGCAUAUGCCGUGCAUGCCUUCAGCUACGAUGUGCACACUGGAAAGAUCGCCUGCCCCAAACUUUUGUACCAUCUAGAAAAGGAGGAGCAAAUGCCUGACGGGAUGUGCAUUGACGCAGAAGGGAAGCUCUGGGUGGCCUGUAUUGAUGGUGGGAGAGUCAUUCGUAUAGACCCAGAGACAGGAAAAAGAAUCCAAACUGUGAGGCUGCCUACUCCGAGGAUCACCUCUUGCUGCUUUGGUGGAAAAGACUACUCAGAAAUGUACGUGACUUCUGCAUAUGAUGGACUGGACGAGGCCACCUUAGCCAAGGAACCUCACGCGGGAGAGAUUUUCAAGAUAACAGGCCUGGGUGUAAAAGGGAUCCCACAGAAUUUCUAUGCUGCUUGAACAUUGACGCUAAAUAACAAGAAGAAACGCUUGCAUCUUGUAGUAAUUCUGAGAAGGAAAAUUCCAAUGAACUACAGAAUUUUUCUGUGUGAGGUUUUUCUAAACCCACAUUUGAGAGCGUGCUUGUUUGGAACUGAAGAUAUUCCUUCUUCUGUGGGCCUGUGGCUUGGUGCAAUAGGUUAGAGAGGUAAACUUAAUCUGUGUUACACCUUCAUAGCUUUUGUGACUUCCCAUAAACUUCUUCAAGCUUGAGAUUAGUUUUGUGAACUUUCUGAUGACCAGCUCUGGGAUUUUGAGGUCUCUGUGGUUCCCAAAGCAGAAUCUGACUUCUGGUUUGUCUUUUCAUAUUACAGUGAUGUACCAGCAAUGAUAUGGCAGACUUUAAUAAACAUUUUAAGAGUGAUGACUUGAACUGGACUGCUCCUCUGCUGUGGGACUCCCUUGAGGUGUUUUCUUGGUGAUCAGACUUAUUUGUCAUAUCCAGACUCCAUUUUUACAUCCUUGCUAGCCUGUUUCCGUUUGCCUUGUCAUGAAUUCUUCUGUCUUCAGGACACCAUUU